CAACCCUAGUACAAAUCUUCAUCCAAAUCCAAUUAGUAGUACAACUACAACUAACAGUAGUAGAAGAACUACGACAGGAAGUAAUAUUAACCAGCAUAACGUUGUUCCUGGCGCAAGUGGAGGGGGUGGAGCUUCAUCGUCUUCCUCAUCAUCGUCGAACCUUCAUGGAGGAAGCAACUCGAGUAAUCCUAGUAACCAUGGAGGAAACUUGGCGUUGGCGUCCUCAGGAGGUGCUGGGACAGGAAGAACAGGACCUACCAUCGUAUCCAACACCAACAGAAAUGGAGGGACCCGUGCGUCAGCUUCAUCUGGGCCAGCGGCACGUGCAACGAACGCUGGCGCAGCGGUGUCUACCGUAAAUCCAAAAGUAGUACAAUCUGGUGGAGGUAGGGCGAACUCCAAUGCGAAAGCGAACAAUACGAGUGGCUCUGGAGGCGCUGUAGCAGGAGGAAAAUCUACAGCCACCAAUGUUAAGGUCAACGUUUAGUGUCCAUCUUUCUCUCGGCAUCUCGGUACCUUUUUCCCUUGUAUUCUCAUGAGAUACAAGGUAAAAGGGGCCAAGAUGAGCUGAGGGGGCCGAGAUGCAAAAAUGCAAUCUAGCCGACUCUAACAAUGGAGGUUCGUCCAGUAGUAGCUCAAGUUCUUCCUCUUCUGGUGCCAGUUCGACAACAACUGCUGAUGCGUCAGGAGGAGGCAAGGGAGAUAGAACAAGCCAUAACAACUUUGGCAAUGGCCCUCUUGGAGGUAAUGCUCCCGUAAAUGACGAACAGUUGGGAUCGAUGCCUGCUCCGCUACGAGCAGGGCAGUUUAGGAAAAACUACACAAUUUUGCAGAAACAUAAUCAAGAACCACGAAGUCAGUCUGGAAUCAACGGAGUCGGAGGUCACAAUGGAGGCGCUGGUCCAAUUGACUAUACAAAUACAACUACAACUUCUAGAUCGUCCAUAGCAACAGGUGGAGGAUCAACGACUAGUGGCCAACAUCAAAAUCACCUCCAACUCAGUGUUGAAGGUUCAAGUAGUUCUUCUCACCUGUAUAACAAUCAUGGUGAUACAAGAGGACAUCAGCACCAGCACCAGGGAGGAUCUAAGAGCUCGACUGCUGGCGGAAAACUACACCAAUUGACUGGCGGUACCUCUGGAGGCAACGGUAACUCUUCAGGCGGUGGCGGAAAAGAUAGAUCAUUCGGCGGUGCUUCGUCAUCCUCAUCCGGCGUUCCCCCGCGCUCUGCCUCAGCACUGGGUGGGCCUUUUGGCGGCCCUGGAACUCCCUGGAGCGUGUUUGACCGCAGUGCGUCUAUGGGUAAGGGCAUGAACAAUGGUGGUCAUCCUCAUCAACAUCAGCAUGGACAACACGGAGUUGCAGGGCCAGGUGGUCCUGGUAGCUCGUCAUCGUCGUCACACCACCAGAAUGGACCACCAGGGUUGCGGAAUAGCGUCACUGGCAGUAGUAGCACUGGCGCGAUGCACGGUCCAACAUCUCAUUCUAGGCACAGUCUAGUUUCAACGCGUGGAGGAGGCGUGAAUCACAAUCUAGUUCCAGGGAGUGCAAGCGGAGGUCCACCUGGCAUAGUUGGGGGUGAACACGGCGGCGGCGGCCCAUCGCCUUUGGAACACCAUCAUCCCCGUCACCACUCGCAAUCGAUAGAUGCUGCAUCGCAUAACGCGCCACCAGGUCUGUCGAGUGGUAGGGCCCGAGAGCGAGCCUCUACCCAGCAACAGCAUGAGCAGUGGAAGAAUGACAGAAAUAAUCUGUGGCAUCACGCUUGGUAUGACCACUAUGAAAAUAACCAGUGGCCACCUGCCCGUAGUCGCGCACCCACAGAACCUCAUCCUGUUCCGUGGUAUCCGGGAGGACCCGGAGGAGGAUCUUCUGGGGCAGCGGGUGGUCCAGGAGGACAUCAUGCGCAUGGGCCUAGUCCGACAACUACCUAUCAUGGCGGUCCUAACGGAGGGCAUCCUCAUCCAGCAACAGGAGGCUUCCCCGGACCCUCUGGCUUUGGUCAAUUAGUUAUGGGCGCCGUCAACGACCCAUCUUUUGCGCUAUAUUUAGUUAGCCAGUUCACUCUUUGGCUUUAAAGUUAUUUAGCCAGUCCCAGUUCCUCCUUCGAAAAUAAAUAUGCUGAAAGUGAUGUUCUUCUAAGAGAUGGCUUUUUGGUAAGUACUUACCUCUAAAGUAGACAGUGGGGGUCUCAUGCACUCAGGUCAUUUGUUUCCUGGAUUGUUUGGACAUCCUCCUGCUGGAUUUGGACCAGACAUGAUCACCUUCGACGACGAAGGUGCGAGCUUGGAACAUAUCUUCAAUGGGGACGAGUCGAGAGCAAGAGGUACUUCUACUUGAAGAUAUUAUAGUUACAAGAAGUUCGACUAGUAGUACAGAGGACUCCUUACGCUUACAGUUAACGUGCAGGUUCGACUGGAAAGAUGACUUAGAGUUAGGUGAAAGUGUUUUUGUUUUCGAUCAUACAAAACAGCUUGUUCCCGGGAAAGCGUGAGUCGGGACGAUCAUGAAAUGACACCGCCACCGCCUCCGCCGAACGAGGACAGCGAUGACAGCGGAACCACUCCACGCGUUGCGAAAGACAAAGAUUAUGGUCCCUUUUGCUUGCACUUACUUGUGCUAAGCAGCUGCUCCCCUUACAUGGCAGUCUGCACUGAACUUUGUGCGAUGUAGGCAGGUUCUUCCCGGAACUCGCUCGCGAUACAAAAAAAAAAGCGAGAUUAAUUGCAUUGUAUUGUAUUGUAUUGCUUACACUUACUUGUCGUGCUGAGUAGCUAACUUACUGUUACUCAUGUUCUAUCAACGUCAAGAUCAAAAAGUCAAAAAAAAGGUCAGUAUUUGUAUCCUAAUCUUCGCCUACUGAAAUUGAAAAGGUAAGAACUCGACUCAAAGGGUCAGAGGACCCAUGAUUAAGAUUUACUCAAGACAAGAAGCCUGUAAGUGUACCUGUACUGGAGGUGACUCUAACGAGGAGUAGACGACGACCGUUUAGAUCGACCAGAGGUGUCAAGGAUAUCCAUGCUGAUUGCGGAAGCGUCUGGUGAGGGAAACAUCCUAGUUCCGAGUCCGCGUGGCCGACAUGGAGACUCGGAUGGAACAACUGGAUCUGGGCAAAUGAAAAAUGGAGUUGAGGGUGGUGGACAUGGUGGUAGUAGUUCGUCUAGUGCAGCAGCUUCUUCCUCAAGUGACGCCGUAGGAGGUACUCGCGCAACGAGCAGCAAAAGCGGUGGUGAAGAUCCUACAACGUCCACGUUGCAAGCGAGAGCCACUGCAACUGUAAAACCUCCAGGAGGAGGCGCUAUCAACCACGCAAGUGCGGGAGCGCCUGGAGAACAGCAACAUCUGAGCGGCGUUGAGGGAGAACCACGUGCAGCGCGCGACAGUCAUUUUGUUCAGACCGCAAAUAGUUUCCGUGAUUGGCAUCACGCCUUGCACUACGAUUGGCAAACUGGGUCGGACCUUUUUUUACCAGGUGCCACAAACGGGGAACUCGGACAACGCUUGUUUCCUAGUGCUCAGGUGGAUGCUGGUGGCGCGAUGAUGAUGUUAUGCACGUUGUCGCUGAUCCGUUUUGUUGUAGACUCAGGUUCAGUAACUAUAGAUACGUAUACUCGGUAUUUGGAUUUCUACUAGAACCUCCAGCUAGCUGCUAGUAUACGUACAGCAAUUUGCCAUAAACUUAGCUGGUGAUCGACGUUAUUAUUGUCAUUUUUGCUAUGUCUAUCGCGCUCUAAGAUGCGGCGGACCAGCACCAUCUGCCGAUCCGCAAACUGACGGCCUUCAUCGACAUCACCAUCGCUCUGUUUCCGCGUCUGGCGGCACCCAUGACCGGGCUGCCCCACCACCGUCAAGUGACUCGGCUCCUUCGGCUCUGCCGCAGUCAGAACAUCAUAAUCUUCAGGCAGCGGAAUACCCAGCCGUGCCGAAUGCAGUGCGGUAUCUUCUGACGAACCUACUUCCUGCGCCAGACGAAACGAGCAACGCAAAUGCUGCAUAUGGAGCAGGUACCGUGAUUCCUUUAUUCAUUUUUUUCGCCCUUUUAUUUAGGUUAUCAUCUGCUAUUCUGCCAGCGCCGCUGAACCCGCAAGUCCUUAACUAAGGGCCUACCCGUGCUGCGCAGCAGUGCUGCGGCUGCGCAGUACUUGUCUUGCAGCACCGUGGGGGGGAACAGAUGGCGCCGCGAAUGGUUCGUGACUGAGGGCGGCUGCCUCGCCCCAAGUAAGAAGCGCCAGGCCGGGCAGUGGGGCUGCGCCGCUGCGUCCCGGCGUUGUGGUUCCGGGAGAACAUGCCCCGGACACUUUUCCAUCGGCAGACGGCGCGCCUCCAUCGCCUUCGGGCUCCGCUGCUUUGCAGUGAAUACGCGCGGCGCGAUUUCCAGGCUCGACGCGGUGCCACGCGCCGGGCCCAGGCUGGCGCUGUUUGGUAUCCCUUGCAGGGAUCACACGCAAGCAGCCUGGGCGGCGUGUGUCAAAUGAGGCGGCGAGCAUAUAGCUUCGCAAGUCUGCGGAAGUUGACGCGUGGCCAUUCAUGCACCGCGGCAGACCCGGCGCCACUCGACUCAGCUGAUGCGCGUGGCCAGCGGGCAGCCUGUCGGGAAAGUGACGCGUUGCCCUUAGCCGCUGCGGUGUGCUCUUGUGGUGUCCUGCUCCAGUGGAUUCCGGGGCAGCGUUCCAGCACCAGCCUCGCUUGCUGGAACGAUGUCAAGGCAGCGGAGGAAAGGCGGGCUGUUGUGGUAACAGAUUCACAGCGCCGGGCCGUCGGCGUCUUUACCUUCGUUGGUGAUCGGGCUGAAGACUGGCUGCCUGUAGUCUACUAACAUCGACGACGUUGCUCUUUCUAUCGUGUUUGGAGCAAUCCCCCGGCUUGGGUUUGCUCUCACUCUUUUGCCUUGCUCGUGUCAACACCAAACACCACGCCAAUUCGUCUUGCUGGCCAGUUGUUGCCUUGGUUGGUCUGAGCGAAGCAACAUACUUACAAACAAACGCCGCGCGCAGCCUGCGAGAUGCCUUUGGGCUGCUUAAAUUGCCACAGCCCACGGCUUGCCUUCCGGUGCAAGAUGGGGGGCGCUGGACUUUCUGGCACUUGGUGCCUACGCGACUCAUUGCGCGUGUGCGUUUUCUCGACUUCUUCGCCCAGGUCUUCCUUCGCCGUAGGGUCCCUGCCCCUCCCUCACUUAAUGGAAGCAAAAGCGCCACGCCACCGCUUACUUCUUCACAGCUGCAGGUGUUUGCUUCAAAUGGGUUCCGAGAACGCAGCGGCGCCCUUCCCCUUUGUGUCUGUCUUUUGGUUGCCAAACAGUCAUAGGGGCAGCCCUUCGGGUAGGGUGAAGCCUGACCCAGCGAAGCGCCUUAGGGUUUGCUUCUAAUGUGCCGACAGCCAUUUGACGCGGGUGGCCGUCCGCCGUAACGUACGCGUGCACCUUGGGAAAUCGCCGCAGACAGUGAGAGAAGUGGGCGCAGAGGGUCCGCCAGCAUUAUCUAGGGUGAGCCUGUAGGUACGCCGCCAGAGCUGACAGCUGGGGCCUUGCGUGUCAAUGCAAAAGGACAGGGGGCGCCGUAUCUUGUCGGUGUGGGUUUCCCCGGUUGGUCUGCUUCCUUUCUUGGUGAAUCGCGUGGAUUCUGACUGCGGUCAUUCUAUCUCUCCUUGAAGCAGAGGCACUGACUUGGCCAAGUUAGUAUGAACAAGACGGCGACGCGCCCGCGCGCGUUUCGUCCGCUCUGUUCUUGGGCCGCCUUGUUUGUUGGUUGCUCAUGGUGGAAGAUGUGCUCAGGGUUUAUGUAUUGGACCCUGAUCUCCAUGCAUCCAGUUUCUUCGUGCGCGCCUCCUGACACUAACUACCCACCACCAUCAACCAGGCCCAGGCUACCCGAUGAUGGGCUACCUUCCAGCACCUCACAUGUGGGGCUACGCGCCGGCCUCGCUUAAUCCUUCUGCUGGCUACUACUAUGGAGGAGGCGGCACACAGGAGUUAGGCCCUGCUCCUGGAGGACCUUUCGGGGCCGCUGGCAUGAUGCUCGGGGGCCCGCUCGGCAUCGGCACUCGACCAUCACGCUUCUUGUACGGUAGUACCCGGCAUCCCUUGCACGCGACCGCACCACCAGACACCUGCGCUUUUCAAUGGUCGGAAGCGACGCUAGAAGAGGAACGACGAAUCGAAGCUGAAGAACUUACCAAUAAUCGCGAACGUGAUGUUCCUGUCCUUCUUGGAGAUGAACAAGACACUUUGGCAGAGGAAGAGGAACUGGCGGAGCGUCUGCUAGAAAAAGACGACGCGUCAUUUGCCGAUCUCUUCUUCUUGCAAAGAAAAUUACUAGGCGGUCCAGGUAGACAUAAAUCGUCUUCAUCCUGUAGCCAAACGACGAGCGUCAACAAAAUAUCCUCUGGUGCAACUAGUGGUAGUUUCAAUGCAGUAACAACUUCGAACUUCCUGCGUACAACUGCUCAACAUCAUCAUUCUACAACUGCUUCUGGGAGUCUUGGAGUUGGAGUCGCUUCGUCGUCAUCCUCAGUUGGACAUGUGGUUGAAGAAAUAGUAGAAGAAGUAGUCUCUCGAGGAGCAGCUGGUGGAGCAGCAGCAGGUCUUCCUUCAAUUUUUUCAUCAACUUCUUCUGCUGCUUUGGCGGGUCCUGCUGUCAAUGAUCACACACAAGCUCCCGCAGAGCCAGGUGACACUGCCACCUCAUCUUCGGGAAAAUCGAAUAGCGCGGUGGACAUGAAUGUUGGAACUGCUGGUACUAGUACAUUCACACUCUUUAUACAUGAGAUGAGUUUUCGUUCUCUGCAAAUAGAUAGAUGAAGCGAUCGAAUCUUCUUGUUGUACUUGCAAAGAGUAGCUUUCCUUUUCGCUAUCCUUAGGGCUGUACCUAAUUAUACAUCUUUGGGCGCAUCCUUGAAACGAAGAGGAUAGAUAGUCCCCCAUACGUUUCAAGGAUGCACUUGAAAGAUGAAUUACGGGGACGGCUCUAAUAUCCCGAGUGAUGUUGUAGAAAAACAGCCCUCUACUUGUGCUUGAGAACUACUGCUGCCCACGUCUUCUACCAGGUCGAUCUGCUCCUGACACAGCGGAAACUGAACGUGCUGCUCCACCCGAUGCGAUUGCAGCCAGCGUUGAAGAUGUAGAAAAAGCGUGCUUUGCUAGUAGUUCGACAAACGAAGAUGUAGUCAUAGACCACGGCCAACAUGAUCGACAUACAACCGACGUCCCAAGACGGGUGGUGGACCAAAGCCAGGAGAAGCCCAGUAUGUGGAAGCUGCUGUCUGGCGCUUUGAGUCCUAGGAACGUAUGGUCCCGUUUCGUUGCCACGGUUGACUUGGAAGGCGCUUUGCCACCUCUGGUCGGAACGAUUGAAGGAGUAGAAAAACCUGUACCUGUACGUGUAGCUAUGCCAGUUGUAGAGCAAGAAGUUUCUGCAGCACUAGCUUCUGGGACGAGUGUUUUUAAAAAAUCCUCCUCUUCAGCUGUGGUCGUAAAGGACGCAGCUUCUUUGAGCUCCUCCUCUAGCUCUUCUGCGUCUGUAGUGAACGAGGCACCAAAUUAUAACAGAGAUCCUGCACAGCCGCAUCUCCAUGAUGGAACGGCUGCUUCUCCAUCAGGAGCCUCUGAAAUCCGGCAAGAAGUCGGUCAUGACGCCCACGAUAAUGGGAAAAAUAGGAUCGCAUCGCUUGCACAAGACACCUGUACCGACAAGGCAGAAGCGCUGCCAGACUCUGGUAAAAUUAUCGCGAUCGCUGAGCACGAAAAAAGUCAAGGUACCAGUGUACCGGACGGGAGCGUCGAACCAGUCGCUCCAGUCUCCUCUGUCUCAGUGUCCGAACAAGAACCGCCAGUUGUGCUAUUGGCAACAGAUAUGGUAUUUGUUUCUGAUGCAAAUAGUACCUCUCAGUCUCCCUUGCCGCAACCAGCGCUCUUGUUGCAGAACGAGGAUGAAGAAGCUGAUUACAUCGCGGCUGAGAAUGGCUAUCAGCCGGUAGGCAAGAGCAUGCCACAACAUCAUGUAGACCACGAUGAACGCUGGCCUUCGUCUUUUUCAUGCCCACAAGAGCAAGAACGGAUCCUGAAGGAAAUGAUCGACGCCGAUUCACCAGCGUCAACAACGGUUGAAGAGAAAAAUUUAUCUGGUGCCGUAAUUGGGUCAGCAGAGGACGAUCUGGUGGGUAUUGAAUAUGUUGAGGUGGAUCAAGUAGAAGAAGAGUAUGCUGGAGCUGAAGCUGCAGUUGUAGGUUAUUUACCAGGUGCAGAUGCAGAAGUUCUUAAUCCUCGUGUAGAAUCUGAAAAGGCCGUCAUUUUGUCGGUAGGCUCUUCUGGUGCUGCUUCAGGUGCGUUCUCUUCCUGCAUGUCAAGCGUUGCUCCCAGUGUGCAAGAACUAGAGCCGAGCAAUGUAGGGCCGCCUUGCUGCUCUUCUUCGAGCAGCGGUCUUCGGUUGACACGCGUCGAGGAGGUCAAGAAGGAAUCAGCAUCAGCGAUCAUCUCUGCAACGUCAAGUAGUGGAACUGCUGCUGCAAUAGAAACUUCUAUCGAUGUCGCAGUCGCAGGAAGUCAAGAUGAUGGAAAAAGUUGCAUCGCUAAGCUCGCAACGCACUGCUGUAGUCCGCAAUCUGUGGGCCCUUGUACUCGUGAUGAAGGCGAUGUCGCGUUCUUUGGCCCAUCGUCCAAGUUUUCGAGUGAAGAAUUCGAACAUGAGUUCGAUCACGUGUGUGGACCCGAGUUUCCUCUUCCUCAUAAUGAGGCGCAUAAAAACGAUCUUCAGUUGCGGUCAUCAAACUCAUCUUCUUCUUCAAUUUAUAACCACUUCACCUCUGCACGCCCUAUACUAAAGCAGCGUCUCCCACCUGAUCAUGGCAACGUGCUUUUUCAGAACUCGCGUCAUCACCAUAAGCAUCUUGUGCAGUACCAGUAUGGUGCACCGGCCUCGACGCUGCACCCUAGGGGAGCCUUGACUUUAAGGGUAGUUGUGAUUAGUUUUUCUUUCUCCAGAUUCCCAUCUCUUGAAUAGAUACCCACCUCCCGGAACUGAAAAUCCAUUUGAUUAAGAUAGUUUUCUAACUUUUAGGAUAAGAAUAAGUUUCUUGAAUUCUAAGGCCAAUGAGAUUGAUUAAGUGUUACUUCUUUAACUACAAGUGUUUUUAGGAGUGAUCAAUUGGCCACGGCCGUCUGUUCCUGUAGUUGCUGCGUGUUGUACAACAACACCGUCUGUUCCUGUUGCUGCGUGUUAUACAACAUUCUCUAAUCAUUGGUUCGGCGAUACCUCAUAUGGUAUAUCCUCCACCAGCCCAUCUCGGGGCCGGCGACGGCUCAGCUCCUCCCAGCAUCCUGCAAAGAACUAAGCCUAAGUUCUUCUUUGGAGCAGGAGGAGAGGACCGCGACAUGCUGACGACAGGGACAACAAGUGCUAGUACAGCGGCAAUGACGACGCAGUUUUCUUCUGGGCCGUAUGUUGGAGAGUCUCUUUCUACGAAUGCAGCAUAUAUUAGUCAACAUAGUCCUCGUCUAUCGGAGCAUCAAAUGUCCCCCAGUAGUGCUCUGAACUGCUUACUCUACAGUAAGGGAGUGAUGCAACCCGGUAAUUUCGCAUACACGCCGCGCAAUGCGAUAACGCCGAGAGUUAUGAACAAACGGACACGCUUGUGGAGGAGGUCAAAAUUUCGGGAAAAUUAGGGGAUUAUAUUAUGGUUCCCUAAUUUUCCCUAAUUGAAUUCGUAUGUGGGUUUAAGCGUGUCCGUUUGUUUCUAAGAGAAGGAACCUCAUCACCGCUGAGGGCUCUCCGCGCGUGAAAAUAGCGAGUUGGACACCGCAUCAUCACGGAACUCGGACGCCGAGAGGGAACCCCAUCAGCGCUCGGAACAGAAGGAGAUACAGCAGCUCGAUCCUUUCGCCGAUGCUGUACAACUACCCUCCACCCUGGCAGCACCACUCACUGGUUCCCUCUCCUCAUGUAGGGGGCGGGUCCCCUGGCUCUUACCGGCACGUCGUAAUGGGAACCGGCGGUGUGAAUAUGAUCAGCGGAGUGGUUGUCGAUGAGAAUCAGCAGCUCGUAGAGUUUCAACAACCUCCCAAUUUUCCACUGGCUGUGGGGAGUCCAGUUCGCAGUGUCCAAGUUCAGCCUGAUCUCACGCUUGCUCACGUUGUUUCAUCUUCUCCGCAGCAUGGACACAUCGAAGGAGCUGCUGCUGCUCACCAUCUGAAACAUCUACUUCAAGAGCAAACUAAUCAAAUCAGACACGAGCACCACUCACCUCAUAGUACGGGUGGAUCUCCUAAUAUUCUUCAGCAGCAAAGCAUACAAGAAGCUCAUAACUCCAACAGAGUAUCCACCUUAGCCAACAGUCCCACUUCUCAAGCGAGACACCGUCACGCGCACGACCUGUGCCAACUCUUGCGAGAGAAGGGAAGGAAAAUGAAGGAGAAACUGGCUUGCGAAGCUGAGUGCAAUUGGCACACUUAUGAAAAUGUUGGGUCCGACCGCUAUCGCGUAGUGAUGGACACGCUGAAGAAAAUGGGCUACAAACCAGUCGCCAGACGCGAGAGGCAGCAUGGUACAACUCUUCGUUUGAAAUAGAGGACCACUUUUCUCUAACUGUAUUUACAAUGUUAGAGUGAAUAUGUAAGUACUGUGGAUAUUUUCGUCGAGUUUUGCAAAUUGAUAUCGUCAAGUAGAUGUCGACACGGUCUAGUAGAAGAUUAUGUUGUACAACAUUUUGAUUCUACACAAAGAAACGCAUCAAUCCCCUAUAAUUAACGAACAGUUUGGGACAUUCCCCUCAAGGAAUCACGCGAGGACGCAGACGGCUCAUCAUCUUCCAAUCCAACUGGUACUACUCCUAGUGGGGAAGGGGAAGCCGAAGCGAUC